UGUGUACGUAAAUCCAAUCAGGUUCUGUUUGGUUUGAAGACAUCAACCAACAUUACGAAAAUGUUUUUAAAUCCAUUUUGACAUAAUCUUUGUAUUUUAUCAUUUUCCCGGUAGGGAACUAACAAACAAUGGUUCGAUCAUUUUCUUCCUUAGAGUAUAACUGAUUUGAUUGAAAUGCAAGAUUAAAACUCGACCACUAUGUCUGGAAAAGAUGGUGAAAAGCAUGUUUUCUCCUAUAUGGAUGGAAUCCCAGUCAAGAUCAGUGAAAAAUAUAAACCCCCCAGGAAAAUAAUUUUACCAGUAGGGUUCCAAAACCGUCUUCUUCAACCCCCUGUUGUUCCUGAUUAUGAUUUCCAACUGGAACAUGAUGUGAUAGAUAAGCUGCAGCAGUGGCGUAGUUCAAGAUAUAAGGAGAGAGAAGAGAGGAAAGGGCGUUUAGCAGAGGAAGAUGCCAAACGUCAAAAACUCUUAGAGACAAUGCAAGAACUAGAAGAAACCAUGAAUGAACUGUCAACUGAGGAGGAGUCUCAAUCAAAGAAGCAGCUAUCUGAAUCAGCUGCACCUACACCAGUUUCAGUCCCAGUUCAACAAUCUCCUAAAACCCAGUCAGCUUUACCGCCUCAGCAGCCUGUUUGUAUACCAGUCAUCAGUGAAGGGAACCCUAUCCUGAGACCUAUUCCCUUUAAGCAUCAAGUUGUCACCUCUCAGAUAAAUAACAAUAACCCAAUAAGUGCCUUCAAUUUGUCAGAUUUUGAAGCUGACACUUCAAGUCCUUUUGACAAUAUGGAACUAAAGACUAUUAAUGAUCUGGAAGAACUAGCACAAGUUCUACAGCCUUCAACAGUUACUCAAGUACCCAAUUACUACCAAAACUUGGUUGGAACUGAUGAGCAUUUUGGAAACUUGCAUCAUCAAACUAUGAAUUGCCAAGUUCCCUCAAUUGAACAGCCUUUUAAUCUUUCCAGUAGUGAUAAAAUGCUCAAUGAUGCGAAGUGUGGUGUAAGCUAUCAAUCCCAUGUCAAUGGGUUUACCUCAAAUUAUGACUAUAAUAGUGUGCAAAAUUAUCAUCCUCAAUCUGUGAUACCACAUCAUAAUCCUCAUGGUCACGUUGCUGCAUACAAUUUCAUUGAUAGAGAUCUUAUGCCCCACCAUAGUGAAAUGUCAUUUUCUUAUUCGCAUCAAGAGCCUCAACAAUUACCACAACAGCAGCAUAUCCAAAGUUUCUAUGGUUCAAAUGUCUGGCCAUCUGUAUCUUACCAACAGUCUAGACCACAGGAGUCAUUUAAAAGCAUAAUGCUAAAUGAGAGUAAAGCUAUGUCCUCAAAUCCCCCAAAGCUUACAAUGUUGUCAUCAGCUUCAGUCGAUGAGGCGUCACCUGAAUCUGAUGCACCUAUCAGUUGUGCCGCACAGCAGUUGAGUGAAAUCAUGAAAAUUCGUGCAUUGAAAAAUCAACCAAAACCUUCUGAUGACUCAACACCUGAAAAUAGUUCAUCAUCAGUCCAAUCACCAACAUCACCGAUUGAACCAGAUCCCUAUCAGUCACUUCACUCCGAAAGCCAGUUUCUUGUACAGAAGAUUGCAGAAAUGGGUUUUCCAAGAGGACGAGUGGCAAGAGCAUGUAAAAAAUUAGGCACUAAUGACAAGAAGAUUGUGGAAUUUCUCCUAUCACUACAAUCCCUGCUGGAUGCUGGUUAUCAGGAAGGACGUGCAGAACAUGCAUUAUCACUACUCAAUAAUGAUGUGAAAGCUGCCAUCAAUUUUCUUCAAGUUGAAUCACAGCUUCUGGACCUUGGUUUUCCGGUGGAUCGUGUUUCAGAAGCACUUGUCAAAUUUAAUUGUGAUAGAGACCAAGCUCUCGAAUUCCUCAUAUCUUAAUAGUGUUUUUCUUUCCAUUUCUUUGUGAUCAUUGUUCACUGAAUUGUAUAUGUUCAUUAAACAGGUAAUUUAAAUGCA